UCCAUCUCUCACCUACAGGGAUUACCUUACCUUAUUUGCUUGAAUGCCGGUUCUAUAUAAGGGUGUCAUAGUAAUCUAUGCAGGAUGCCACCUUCACAACCGAAGAGACCUCGUCGCUCUUGCGAGAACAAGAGCAGUCCAUGGACGGAAUUGAAGUCGAAUCACGUCCCGUGAAGAUCCACUGCGAGGAGGAGCUGUCCGUGGAAGCUUCAGGCACAGCUCAUCAGAUAAGCCAAGAUUCAUGGUUUCAAGCAGGUUUCGUCCUCACCACUGGCGUGAACAGUGCAUAUGUAUUGGGGUAUUCUGGCACAGUAAUGGUACCCCUAGGCUGGAUAGGUGGUACUAUAGGUUUAGUUGCGGCGGCCGCUAUAUCCCUACAUGCUAAUGCUCUGCUUGCCAAAAUCCAUGAAUUUGAUGGAAAGAGACAUAUCAGAUACAGGGACCUUGCUGGACAUAUAUACGGCAGAAAAGUUUAUUCACUUACGUGGGUAUUGCAGUACAUAAAUCUAUUCAUGAUCAAUACAGGAUUCAUCAUUUUGGCUGGCCAGGCUCUAAAGGCUGCCUAUGUUCUCUUCAGGGAUGAUCAUGUCAUGAAGCUCCCAUACUUUAUUGCUAUUUCUGGUUUGGUUUGUGCCAUUUUUGCUUUUGUGGUACCCCAUUUGUCAGCAUUGAGGUUCUGGCUUGGAGUUUCAACAGUGCUUAGUCUAAUAUAUAUCGUAACAGGGUUUGUGCUGUCACUUCAAGAUGGUAUAAAAGCUCCAGCUAGGGAUUACAGCAUUCCAAGUUCAAAUGGAAGCAGGGUCUUCACCACUAUUGCUGCAUCUGCAAAUCUUGUUUUUUCAUUCAAUACAGGAAUGCUUCCAGAGAUACAGGCCACUGUAAGAAAGCCUGUUGUUAAUAACAUGCUGAAGGCGCUGAACUUUCAGUUCACGGUUGGCAUAAUACCAAUGUUUGCUGUAACCUUCAUGGGCUAUUGGGCUUAUGGAUCAAAAACAUCGACCUAUCUCCUCAACAGUGUCACAGGUCCAGUUUGGGUGAAGGCGAUGGCCAAUAUUGGUGCCUUCCUGCAAACAGUCAUUGCUUUGCAUAUAUUUGCAAGUCCAACUUAUGAGUACUUGGAUACUAAGUACGGUAGAUCUCAAGGAAGUGCAUUCUCAAUUCAAAAUUUAUCAUUCAGGAUUCUUGUAAGAGGUGGUUACCUAGCUAUAACUAGUCUAUUGGCAGCUCUAAUGCCAUUCCUUGGAGAUUUCAUGAGCCUUACUGGGGCAUUCAGCACAUUCCCUCUCACAUUUAUACUUGCAAACCACAUGUACCUAAUGGUGAAGAAGAAUAAGUUAACAACAUCGCAGAAGUCGUGGCAUUGGCUCAACGUUUGUGGUUUCAGCUGCAUGGCCGUUGCAGCAGCAGUUUCAGCCUUCAGGCUUAUAAUUGUAGAUUCAAGUACUUAUCAUUUCUUUGCUGAUCUUUGAUCGAACUAUUUGUUUUUGUAGUGGAGUCUUUCAAAAAAUCUGCAAUCUCUCUCUC